GUUACGAAACAUGCAACCAUGAUCGAAAGGGAUCACAUCCCGACUAAAUAGCUACUACAAGACAAGCUAGUAAGCUAGUACAACUAUCUAAAGCACCUACUACUAUCCAGCGACCUAGCCACGAGCCAUCAUCACUGGCGCACCAUGUCUGAACGUCCAGCGCAUAUCGACAUGCCUUCCUCGUCCGACCAGAGCGAUACGGAAGUACAAGUCCCGAGGAAUGCUCCAGGCAGACACUCUCCUCCUAAUCUCGACCCGGACUUUAAACCCCGGGGUAUCCUCAAGAAUGCGUCGAGCUCUUAUAGCAUUCCGCAAGUGGCGGACGGACAACCUGGAGCCGUCAUUGAUAGGCAACAGGGUGACCAUCUGAAGUGGGAUGAGCAAAACAUCAAUCUAAACGAGAUCAACAAGGAUUCCACGAUGAAGAUUGACGAACCGAAGACUCCGUUCGUCACAAGCAACGAGUCAUUCCCCGACCUCGAGGUACCGGACUUUGAAUUGAGUUCCCCGACUUCCGAGAGGAGAGCUAGUAUGGGUUCACAAGCUAGUCCCGGCGCGAGGAGACGGUCUGAACAGGAACUCGUCGCUCAGAACACUCAGCGAAACGCGGGGGUUCGUCGAACGCCUGGGUUUCCAUUCUCCGAGACUGUAGACUCUGCCACCGGUACGCCCAUCAUCGAGCAUGCUAUCAACGCCACGACCAACAACCCGAACGGCCACAACGUCCCCGUCAACCCACCUCGAUCGCCCAUGACUCCUGAUGCCCCGCUCACACCCGUCCGACCGGGAAAGACGUCGUCCACCCCGACGAGCAGGUCGGCGUCGUUCUCCUUGCCCGACGAAAAGUCCGGAUCGGGCAGGCUCAGGAAAAUCGUCUCGCCCGGUGGAACGCCGGGACAGCAGAUGGGUGAAGAGGUCGAGGAAGAGGACGGGGAAGUCGAGGACAAAGACUUCAAGAAGAAGCGAGCGGGUCAUUAUGGUGGCGAGGCCGAAGCGAUGAAACUGGCUCAGGCUUUGAUGGCGCAAGAGAAGAUGGACGAAGAGGACGAGGAAUAAAUCUCGCCGUUGAUAUGACUGAACGAGGACUUUACCUUAACGACUACGAGAGUUUAGAACUGUAUCGAGAACGUCGGGCUUGAAACGUAGCAUCUGCUC